CUCAGGAAGGCGGGCUCGGCGCCUCCGCACAGCACAGCGCGCCGGAUCCGGGCCCUGCCAGGCCGGCCUUCCCUGCUUGUGGCUGGUGGGCCCGCGGGCGGCCGCCAGCAGGCCCAUUUAAGCCUCUCCCGGGGCAGCCCCCGCCUCGCAGCCCGCCGCCGCCCCCCGCGGGCCCCGGAGACCCCCAUCCGCCCAGAUCAUGAAGUUUUUGCAGCUUUUUGGGCGGCUGAAACCAGUCAUCAUUGGGAUGGUCCAUGUAAAAGCACUGCCAGGAACACCUGGGAAUACUUUGCCAGUGGCUCAGAUCGCAGAAGAAGCCUGUCAGGAAGCUGAAAUUUACAGAGCUGCAGGAGUUGACGGCUUGAUUGUCGAAAAUAUGCAUGAUCGGCCAUAUACCGUUUGCAUUGGUGCAGAAAUUACCGCAGCCAUGACGUUCGUUUGUGCCACUGUGAAACGGGCAUGCCCUUCUCUCCCGUUGGGCAUUCAAAUUCUGUGUGCUGCAAACCAGCAAGCUUUAGCUGUUGCUCUUGCCACAGGUCUUGACUUUAUUCGAGCUGAAGGUUUUGUUUUCUCUCACGUGGCGGAUGAAGGGAUUCUAGAUGCCUGCGCUGGAGACCUGUUAAGAUACCGAAAGCAAAUAGGAGCAGAACAUGUUCAAAUUUUUGCUGAUGUUAAGAAGAAACACAGUUCUCACGCUCUGACAGCUGAUGUCAGUGUAGCAGAGACUGCUAAGGCUGCUGAGUUCUUCCUGGCUGAUGGAGUCGUGUUGACAGGAACGGCAACCGGAUUGGAGGCAGAUCCCAAAGAAUUGGAAGAGGUUGGACGUGCUGUGAAGAUUCCAGUAUUGAUCGGAUCUGGAGUGACUCUGGACAAUGUAGAAGACUACUUGGGUGCAAAUGCCUUCAUAAUUGGUUCUCACUUCAAGAAAGAAGGCCACUGGGCAAAUGACAUUGAUUCAGACUGUGUGAAGAGGUUUAUGGAUCAUAUUGGUAAACUCAGAGAGAGAAAUCGCUAGCAUCUUCUACCGCUCUUGUUCUUACUGGACAUGCACAGCAUAAUCUAAUCUUCCUAAAUCUUCUGUCUCAGUUUUUCUCAAAUUCUUGGUACUUGGACAUAGGUGGGAGUCUUUCCCCCCUUCCUUCGGAAACAGAUUUUUAAAAAAAUUUGUUUAUUAAAAAAAAAGGUAUCAUACUUUUCUGGUUCAGUAAGAGUUUUCAAGGUACGCUCCAAAAAGAAAUAAAACAAGCAUUAAAAAGCUUAUUUAAAAUAGCUGUAAGAACCUGAUUCAAACAUUAGUAACCCUGUUCACAAGUUACAGUGAACACACAUAUCUUCUGUGAACAGCGUACAUUUGGUUUUAUUUAGAUAGGUAAUGAAUAAUUCUCAUGUUAGGUUCAACACAUGUAACGUAAACCCCAUAUUUGCCCAGAUUCUGGUCUCCGGUUUCAUUUGGAAAGUGAAUGUGUAUUUCCUCUUUCUUACAAACUGAUAUCCAUAUGUACUGGCAGGAUGUAUGUAUGUUAAUACUCAUGUUCAACAUGAAGAAAUUGCAAGUCAGCAUAUUUCCAGGGGCAUCCGUACUGACAGGAAAAAAACCAAACAAAACAUGGGCUUGCCUGUGUGUUUUCAAGCCUAGUUCAGGACACAGCUUUCAAUUUAGAAAGCCCUAAACCAGGGGUAGGGAACCUUUAACACUCAAAGAGCCAUUUGGACCCAUUUUCCACGGGAAAAGAAAACACUUUGAGCCGCAAAUAAUUUUUGACAUU